AUGGACGCACCACCCGUCUCAGCUAACCCACCCUCCAAGAACCCCCUCCACCGCGGCGCGCGUGCAUGCACCGUCUGCCGCCAAGCAAAGAUGAAGUGUGUCGGUGCCGAGGACGGAGUAAAGCCCUGCCAGCGUUGUCUCAGGUCCGGUGCAGAAUGUAUAUUCGAGAAGCACCGUCGCGGCCGCAAGCCCGGUUCAAAGCUGUCCGAGGCCUCCAAGAUGCUCCGUCGCCUCGAAAAGGGCCUCAAUAGCCAAAAGGCCAAGCACCCCGCCAACCCUCCCCCUGCUCAGGGCUCCUCAUCUGCCUCGUACUUGCAAGACGACGGUUCUGCCUAUGCCGGCCCCUCCAACGCGGGUGCUCACUCCGACGAUGAUAUGGACGAUGAGGAAGAGGGCCGACAAGAGGAGGCUCUUUACCCUGCCCAGGUCAUUCGCGCCGCCAGGACCCCAUUUCUCGACGUUGUCAUGAAUCCUUCCCCCACCGACGUCCGCGCUCCUUCCGGAAGUCCCAUCGAGCGCCCCACCCAUGUCGCUCCCAAGUCCUUUUCCCUUAGCCCAUCCCGAGGCAACAGCUCUCCCCAGCUCAAGGCUUUCCGCACUCCCACCUUCCCACCCAGGGACCCCGUCGCCGCCGGUCUCCUCUCUGAGAAGGAUGUCAACGAAUUUUUCGACAUGUUCUUCAUCCGCCUCAACCCCUUCAUCAAUCUCUUCGACCCCGCCCUCCACACUGCCACCUACAUUCGUACUCGCUCCCCCUUCCUCUUUACCGCCUUACUCAUGACUUGCUGCAAGUUCUGGAUGCCAGCCAACUACCAGGCCGUCCGGGACCUUGCCCAGGACUGGUGUGUCUACACCUUUGCCCAAGGCACCGAGACUGUCGAGACUGUUCAAGCUCUCGCCUGCAUGACUUACUGGAAGGAACCUACGGAAAGCCGGACGUGGCAGUACAUCGGUAUGGCCGCUCGCAUGGCCGUUAACCUCCGCCUCAACCGUCUCCUCGGCCCUCGGCUACCCAACGAGAGCGACACCCAGUUCCUUGAGCGCCGCAAUCGGGAACGCACCUACCUCGUCCUCUUUGUCCACGAUCGCUCGCUCUCCAUGCAGACCGGCAAGCAGUGGAUGUUGACUGCUGAUGACGCUUUCAUCGAGUCUGUCACGCAUUGGCAUCGGGAGGGUGUCGCUGGACAGUACGGCGAGGUCCGGUCUGAAGACGUUAUCGUGGCCGCGUUCGUCCAGCUCCGGUUAAUUGGAUCCGAGGCGACGAACAUGUUCUACAACCGGCGCCGCGAUCUGUUCGACUUCGACAGCGAGCUUCACAAGUACAACAACCAGCUUGAGAGAUGGCAGGAGAUUUGGGUCGCUGAGAUGAGCAAAGCAUCGUUGGCAGAUGAAUUCCACAAUGCAUUCCUUAGGUUCUUCCAGUCUCAUGUGAAGCUUUUCCUGAACACGUUCGGGCUGAACCUGUCCAACUUGGACAUGGUGAAGACGGCACCCAACCCCGAAGCGGUUGAGAACUGCAUCAAGAGCGCGCGCGCGAACCUGCAGAUCGUGAAAACGUUUGCUAGCAUACACAUGCUGCGUUAUGGUCAGGAAUCAACGACAACCAUGUCAGGAUACGCUGCGAUUGUUCUCCUUAGGUUGUUGAACAGUCCGGCAACCAGAGCCCAUUUGCGCGAGCAGUCCGUUCCCAUUCAUGAUGCCAUCGUGAGCGCUGCCGAUGCAUACGGCGCUGGCUCAGAGGGAGACUCGGCGACACACCACGCCCGUUUCUUGCGCCAUUUGGUUGACCAACAAACGGCGCACGAGGCGAAGCAAUAUCGCACCGACGUUCCUCCCGCAUUUGCCCAAGGUCUUCCGCCGCUCAGGUCUCAAGUGUCGCCUCUUUUGGACCCGUUCUCGACCCAUCGCCAGUCUCUUGCCCCUCUGUCUAUUCCUGGCGCGCCCUCCGGUGUUGACGUGUACUCCAACGGCCACUCAGAGUACGGCGCGGAGUCGGCGCUCCGCUCCGGCAUCUCACCCAGCCUUGCCCGCGGUCCGCCGUCGACAUACUUGACGACGGCAACUGAGUCGGACCGCCGCUAUUUCGAACACAUGCUCGCCGAGGCCAACCUGACUGGCGACAACCUCUUCCCGAACUUGGGUUCCCUGCCGUCGAUUUCGAGCGGUGUCGUCGGGUCGAGCGGCAUGAACGACUUCAACUUUGUCUCGCCGCAGAGCCAUUACCGCGAGCCGUCAUACGCCACGUACAACAACUACAGCCACGGUCGCUCGAGCUCGUACCACCCCGGCGUGCAGUACCGCUGA